GAACUAUGUAAUCUUAAGUGAAUAAUUAAGUGGUAAGAAUGUGUUGUUGAUUCCAUUGCCAGCGAAGCAGUUAACGACGACUCUGAAAAACCAUUGGAGCAGGGAGCAGUAGGUAUGAAGUAGUUGUGUUGUUUCAGCUGACUUUUUAGGGUUUGGAUCGAACAUCAACAACAAUGGCGGGUCGUAGAGAUGCGUUACUCACUACCAGAGAUAAAAACCAUUCCGUCACCGCUUCUCGGAUCGCCGUUGCCGUUUUCAUCGGCGUUCUUCUUGGCUCCAUCUUCGCCUUCUUCUUACCACACGGUUUCCUCACUUCCACACCAACUCCUCCCACUCUCAAUCGCAAGAUGGUUUCUUCUGCGUGCGAAUCACCAGAACAAGUUAAUGCGUUGAAAUUCGAUAUUCGAUCAGCAAAAGAGAAGAAUUCCGAGCUGAAGAAGGAGGUGAAAGGUCUAAUGGAAAGGCUGCGUUUAGCAGAGCAAGGAAAGGGUCAGGCAACAGAACAAUUUGUUGUGCUUGGUGAGAACCACAAGGCUGGUCCUGUCGGUACUGUCAAGGCUCUCAGAACAAACCCUCCUGUUAUUCCUGAUGAUUCAGUGAACCCUAGAUUGGCCAAAAUCUUGGAGGAAGUUGCUAUUUAUAAAGAGAUUGUUGUUGUUCUUGCUAACACUAAUGUGUUGGAGAUGUUGCAAGUAUGGUUCACAAAUAUCAAAAGGGUUGGAAUUCCUAAUUAUUUGGUUGUUGCAUUGGAUGACAGAAUUGAAGAGUUUUGUAAGUCGAAUGAUGUUCCUGUCUAUAGACGAGACCCGGAUCAAGGUGUUGAUUCGAUUGCCAAGUCGGGUGGGAACCAUGCUGUCUCUGGAUUGAAAUUUCGCGUUUUGAGAGAGUUUCUUCAACUGGGUUACAGCGUUCUCCUCUCGGAUGUUGAUAUUGUGUAUUUGCAGAACCCCUUCGAUUACAUUUAUAGGGAUUCAGAUGUGGAGUCCAUGUCUGAUGGUCAUAGUAAUCAUACGGCAUAUGGGUUUAAUGACGUCUUCGACGAACCUUCGAUGGGUUGGGCAAGAUAUGCUCAUACCAUGAGAAUAUGGGUUUAUAACUCUGGCUUCUUUUACAUAAGACCUACAAUUCCUUCAAUCGAGCUCUUGGAUCGCGUUGCUGACCGGCUUUCCAAAGAUUCAAAAGCAUGGGAUCAGGCAGUUUUUAAUGAAUUGCUGUUUUUCCCUUCACAUCCUGGUUAUGAUGGACUUCAUGCUUCCAAAAGAACAAUGGAUAUGUACCUUUUUAUGAACAGUAAGGUUCUGUUUAAGACUGUAAGAAAAGAUGCUAAACUCAAGAAGUUGAAGCCUGUGAUUGUUCAUGUUAACUACCAUCCUAAUAAACUUGAAAGGAUGAAUGCUGUAGUUGAGUUCUAUGUCAAUGGGAAACAAGAUGCGCUUGACAGUUUCCCGGACGGUUCUGAUUAGAAGGAAAUCGAAAUCGACACGAUUCUAACAUGAAAAGGAUUUGUAUGUCCUUAUUGUUGUCAUUGCACUUUCUGUUAUUUAGUUUUACAGUCUGUCAUGUUUGAUGAUUAGACUAGUUUCUGUAAUCUAUACUAUACUCUUAACUUUGUAUAUGUCUUUUUCUGUGUAUGAAGUUCAAAUUUAAUGUCUUUUCAACAAAAUUGGGUAUUUUCUUUUC